ACUGACACAGACACCAAAUCCCCCUGCUCCUGCAUUAUGGCGUCACUGAUGACACAAGCACCACCUUGGACUGGCAGAGAACCAAGUGCCACCAGCCCUAUUCCCUCUCCUGCAUUGGCUGCAAGUCCCCAGCCCCGUGCAGUGCAGCACAUCCAAGCAGGGCAUCCCCUGCACACUCUGGUGCUCCGAGCGCUCCCAUCCUGGCAGGCUGCUGCACCAUGUUCCUCUUCUCCAAAAAGCACAAGACCCCCGUCAGCACUUACACUGACUCCUACCGCCCGCCGCACUCUGUCAAACACGCCAUCUCUGACCGGAGGCUGGUGGAGACCUGGAAAGAAAACAAGUUCUUGACACAGGGAUUAACGAUGCCUCCGGGGCCAAGCCCGACAGUCCAAGCUCCGCCCGAUCUGAGGGCAGCUGUGCGGGGGUACUGCAAGAGCACCAUGUACCCCGCUGCCUACAGUCCUGGGAACUUCACAUCCAAAGAGAAGUACAGGCCAGUUUUUGCCAGUGAAAACAAAUACAUGUCCUGGAGAACAAGUCCAAGCACUGCAGCCUGGAGUAUGGAAUCUUCUUCCCUCUCUCUCCUGCCCAAGGAGACAAGGAUGAACACCCGGCUGUACAGCAUACCCGUGAUGUGCCCCCUGAGACCCACCUGCCUCAAUCAGUAUGAGAAUGUGGUGCUUGCUGACACGAUGCACAGGGUGCCAGUGUACACCGUGACAGGGAGGAUACCCUUCCAGAGCUACUACUUCCCCUGCUCUGGGCGCCACUGCUGCCUGCGAGGGAUUGACUGCUACCUUGAUGGGACACCUGCCACCAGGAAGAAACUCUUUGCAGUAGAGGAGAGCACAGGGGCUGGAGCAUCUCCCAUAUAA